AUGCAUUCGAAUAGUAUUCUUCCAAUGGCUGAUAAUCGUCAUUUUUCCCCACAAACAACAAAUUCAAGUGGUUAUCAUAGUGAUUUAUCAUUAGCAACUGAAUCCCCUCAAUCUGUCAAAGAAAAUCUUUCUACAUUGAACAUAGAAUCAAAUUUUGUUCAAAGUAACAAAAAUAUCGAUGAUAAAAAAUCAUUCAAAAGUAAAAAUAUCACACGACUAUCAAGUUAUCUUCAUAAACAAUAUGAAAGAGCAAAAUCUAAAUUAGUAAUAAAAAAACAACUUCAAUUUCCUAUUAAACUAUGUAGCAAAGCAACAUCAACUACACCGUUAAGUCACCUAGCAGAUAAUAAUAAUCAUAUAAAAUUACCAAAAUCUUCAACAACAACAUUCAGACAAAAUUCUCCUAUUGAACCGUCUAAACUUCAUUCUAUACAUGUUUAUCCGUUGCAUGACAAUCACAUGAAAAUCUCAUCGAGAAAUUAUGCAUCAAUUCAUCAGUGUUUGUCUUAUCAACCAUCAUCACAUCGUCUAUUAUCGUAUUCAAAAUUAAGUAAUAGUCAAAUCGAUUCUCAUUCACACCAACGUCUCACUACGAUGAUCAAUUAUCAAAAUUUCAAUUCAGGUUGUUUAGAAAAUAAUAAUAGGCCAUUUUGCCAUCAAAAUUAUUCAACAAAACCAACGUUUUCUCAAAGCUAUUAUCCAUAUAAAUAUUUACAUAAGAAUUAUGACUUUAGUCGAUCGUCAUAUGCACCUUUAAGUGAUUUUAUUUGUACGAAAAAUAGUGCAUUUAAACCGUUUAAAUUUUAUCAACGUCCAUCACGUAAUUUAUCGGAACUAAUACCGCCAUCUGAUGAUCCGUGCGAUCUUGAAGUAGCACAAUAUUUUCAUCAAACUCCACAAUGGAGUAAUCCGAAUUAUUUUGAUAUUUAUUCACAAGAAGCAUCAUCCAGAAAAAACUAUUCAGAAACGUUAUGUUAG